AUGCCACCUGUCACACCCGUAAAGAAAAAACAGAAAACAGAUAGAAUAAUAGAUGAUGAUGAAAACAGAAAUGUCGAUUCGAACAAUAAUACCAAUCGUGAAAUCUCACUAGAGACAAUUAAAAACUCACCUUUUAAGAAAAGCACUUCCCCUCAAAGGAAUCGCAUCAGCCAUACAUCCUCAUCCUUUACACAAUUGACCGUGAUGAACACUAAUAAUAACGAAUUAACAGAUAAUAUUACUACUAAAGUUAAUACUAAUACCAAUAUUAAUCAAACCACUGCUUCACAAAAUGAGAUCCCGCUGUUACUACCACCUUCUUUGGAAUUAUCAACUAAGUCAACCCCCAGCAGAGGUAGAUCUAUAGUUAUUUCUUCACAAAAUACCAUUUCUCAGCAACCCUAUAUAUCAUCAACAACUCAUAGAAAAUCCUCACCAUUUAGAAGAAGAAGUCCAAUGAGAUCUCCCUAUAAAACAACAUCUUCCUCUUCGUCUCAAUCUCAAAAACUAGAAUUAAUCAAAUUAUCCCCAACAAAGUCACAGGCAAGACAGCAGAUGCUACUGCAUCAACAAGAAAUUUUUUCUCAGCACCAAAAUUUAGCAAGCAGCACUAACGGCUACUCAAGAUUAUGCAUAGAAAAAUUAAUUUUAACCAACUUUAAGUCAUACGCAGGUGAACAAGUUGUUGGGCCAUUUCAUCCAAAUUUCACUGCCGUUGUAGGACCUAAUGGAUCCGGGAAGUCAAAUGUCAUAGAUUCCAUGCUAUUUGUUUUUGGUUUUAGAGCUAACAAAUUAAGACAAGGGAAAGUAAGUGAAUUAAUUCAUAAAUCUGAAAAUUAUCCUAAUUUAUCUUUUUGCUCUGUGGACAUACAUUUCAGGUACGUUACCGAUGAUGAAUUUGACAAAAGUAAACCAGCUUUAAUCAUUUCUAGAAAAGUGUUCAAAAAUAAUUCUUCUAAAUAUUAUGUCAAUGGUAAAGAGAGCUCUUACACUAAAGUCACGUUAUUAUUGAAGGAGGAAGGCAUUGAUUUGGACCAUAAGAGGUUUUUAAUUUUACAAGGUGAAGUAGAAAGCAUCGCACAAAUGAAAGCUAAGGCUGAAAAAGACGGAGAAGAUGGUUUACUAGAAUAUUUAGAGGAUAUUAUUGGAACAUCAAAAUAUAAAAUUGGUAUUGAAGAAUCUUUUAAAGAAAUUGAGGUUUUGAACGAUGCUUGUUUGGAAAAGGAAAAUAGGUUUCAUAUUGUAGAAACGGCAAAAGAUUCUUUAGAGAAUGAUAAGGAAAAGGCAUUAGAGUUUUUAUCUAAAGAAAAACAAUUAACCAUUUGUACUUCUAAACUCUAUCAGUAUGAAAUAUGGAAUAAAAAUGAAAAAUUAACAUCCAUUUUGAAUAAAAUCAAUGAUUUAAAUGCCACAUUGAACGCGGAAAGAUUAAAAUUUGAGGAACAACAAAGGGCAAUCACCGAACUAAAUAAUAAAGGUAAAGAAUAUGAAAAUACCCUAAAGGAUUUAAGGUCUCAACAAAAUCUCUUGGUGGAUAGAAAGAAAAAAAUAACCAAAAAAAAAAUAUCUAAUGAAGAAAAAUCGAAAAAUUUAAACAAUAAAAAUAAAAAUUUGACAAAUACGGUGGAAAGCUUGAAGCAGAAACUAAACAAAUUUACCUCUCUAAUAGAGGAAACAAGCACCGAACAAAGUCAGCAAGAAACACAUUUACAAGAAUUGAACCAAAAAUUGGAUAUUGAAAAGCAAAAAUUGAAUGAAAUUACUUUACACCUAAAAGACCAAACUGUAGAAAUAAAUGCCCAAAUUGAAGGCUAUGAGAAGGAACUAGACCCGUGGGUAACAAAGUUAGAAGAAAUAAAAUCUAAUAUUUCUUUAGAAGAAUCGAAAAUUAAUAUUUUAACUGAGUCACACAAAACAUUAGAGGACGAAAUAUGUAGAAUUAAAGACAAAAUGUCCCUAAGUGAAAAAUCUAUUGAAGAAUUUUCAAUAAAAAAACAGAAACGCACUAAGGAGUUGAAUUUAGUUGUCAAGAACAUUGAUGCAGGAGAAAAAGCCUGUGCACAAGCAAAAGUUAAAAUAGACGAAAUAAUGGAAGUUGUUAGUACGCAGCGCCAACAGGCUAACGAAGCAAGAAACUCGUUGUCAGCUCAUGAAAAUCAAAACAAAGUUUUGCAUGCACUAUCUAGAUUACAACAAUCAGGUAGAAUUCAUGGAUUUCAUGGCAGAUUGGGUGAUUUGGGUACAAUCAGUGAAAAAUACAACGUAGCAAUUUCCACCGCUUGUCCACGAUUGAAUGAUAUAGUAGUAGACACCGUUGAAUGCGGUCAACAAUGCAUUGAGCAUUUAAGGAAAAAUAAACUGGGUUAUGCUCGUUUUAUUUUGUUGGAUAAACUACGUAACUUUAAUAUAAGUAAGAUAAAUACACCAGAGAAUGUCUCCAGACUAUUUGAUUUAGUUGAAUGCAAUGAACCUAAAUUUCUACCUGCAUUUUACAGUGUUUUGCGUGAUACUCUGGUAGCUACCAAUCUAGAUCAAGCUAAUAGAGUGGCCUAUGGUCACAAAAGAUUUCGUGUUGUUACAAUGGAUGGUAAGUUGAUUGAUAUAUCUGGUACUAUGACAGGUGGUGGUAGACAAGUAAUGAAAGACCUAAUGAGUUCAAAAAAAAAAAUUACUCAAUCAUCCUAUACUCCGCAACAAGUGUCGGAAAUUGAAGCCAGUUUGUCGGCUAGAGAAGUUGCCUUGAACGAAGCAAGAAAAACCUAUCAUGAAAUGGAAGAAGAACUAAAUAGUCUAAAUAAUAGAAAACCGCAAAUAGAAAAUGAAAUACUAAAACUUUCAUUGAAUAUUCAAAGUUGUGAAUCUGAAAUUGUUAAUUUAAAUUCACAAUUGAAGGAUGUCAAUAAACAAUUACAAGAAGAAAAUACAGCCAACAACUUGGCUUUAUCAUCAGCAAAUGCUAAUAUAAAAAUAUUGCAGGAGGAAUAUAAUAAGGUUGAAUGUAACACAACCACUGUUAAUUCCAAAAUAAAAGAGUUGAGAGAUCAAAUUAUGAAAAUUGGUGGAAUGAAAUUACAAAUGCAAAAUUCUAUAGUUGACUCGUUAAAUCAACAAAUCUCCAUAACAACGUCCAAAUUGAGAAAAUGUAAAACACAAUUUAAAAAAUUUGAAAAUGAAUUGAAAAGAACCAAAAAAAAUUUAUUUGACUCGGAGAAAGAUGUACUUAAAACUACAACGGAACUGGAGAAUUUACAAACAGAACUUAAAAGCGUAGAAGAACAAUUAUUAUCUCUUGAAGAAGACCUUUUAGAGAUUUCAAACAAAGAGGAUGAAACGCAAGAGAAUUUUGAAAAUAUUAAGAAAAAAUUGGAUGAAACAAAUGAUUCUUAUGCUAAAUUUAAAUCUUUAGAAGUUGAAUUCGGCAACAAAUUGGGAAAUUUAGAAACUAUAAAAAAGGAACUUCAGCGUGAUAUUGAAAAGUGUAAAAAAAAGUUGGACAGCUUAAAGAUUCGAGAUGUUACCCAACUUUUAAUCAAAUUAAACGAGGAAAUUUUGUCGACUGAAAUAGAAACUACAAAAACUAGUACUGAAAAUCAGCAAAAAAGUGGAAAUGACGAAUUUCUUGAUGCUGAUCAAGAAGAACCCGAAGGUGGAGAAGAUGGGAUGGACAUUGAUACAGAUAACAACACUACAACGGACAGUACUUUAAUUCCGGAAUUAACAGAAGAAGAAUUAAAUAAGUUGGAUGUAAAAAGUUUAGAAUUGGAUAUCAAAGAUCUUGAGGCUUUCAUGGAAAACUCUACAUCUGACAUUGGUGUUUUGGAAGAAUAUGCUAGUAGAUUAGCCGAGUAUAAAAGUAGAAAAAUUUCAUUAAAUGAAGCAAUUGAAAAAAGAAAUAAGGUUCUUGAGCAUUGUGAAAGCUUAAAAAAGAAGAGAUUGGAUGAAUUUAUGGAAGGUUUUAAUCUUAUUUCGAUGACCCUAAAGGAAAUGUACCAAAUGAUAACAUUAGGUGGUAAUGCUGAACUUGAAUUAGUUGAUACACUAGAUCCUUUUUCAGAAGGUGUUUUAUUUAGUGUUAUGCCACCAAAAAAAAGCUGGAGAAACAUUUCAAAUUUAUCAGGUGGUGAAAAAACUUUGAGCUCUUUAGCACUAGUUUUUGCUUUGCAUAAAUACAAGCCAACUCCAUUAUAUGUCAUGGAUGAAAUCGAUGCUGCUUUAGAUUUUAGAAAUGUUUCUAUUGUAGCGAAUUACAUCAAGGAACGUACAAAAAAUGCGCAAUUUAUUGUAAUUUCUUUAAGAAAUAAUAUGUUUGAAUUGGCUAAACAGUUGGUGGGUAUUUAUAAGAAUAGCAAUAUGACAAAGAGCGCUGCUUUAAAAAACAAAGACUUACUUCAUGAAGUGCAAGUUUAG